AUGUCUGAACCAGCCGCAGCAGAGAAAGUUGAAAAGAAGGAGGGUGCCGUUGAACACAUCAAUCUUAAAGUUGUAGGCAGUGAUGCCAAUGAGGUUUUCUUCAAGAUCAAGCGUUCUACUCAACUCAGAAAGUUGAUGGAUGCUUAUUGUGAACGUCAAGGUAAACAACCUGGAUCUGUGCGUUUCUUAUAUGACGGUACUCGUGUUAUGCCAGGAGAUACACCUAAUGAUUUGGAUAUGGAUGAUGGAGACAGUAUUGAUGUUAUGGUUGAGCAAAUUGGAGGUUAUUAA